AUGUCACUUAAAUACUCAGAUCUCUAUGAAGAAUUAGAGACAAUAGGAAGCGGAAGUUAUGGUAUCAUGAUAUUCCAUCUGAAUAGGAUCUGCUUAUUUGGUUAAGAAUAAAAAGACUGGCCAAUUAUCGGUGGCUAAAAAGGUUCAUUUGGGGAAGUUGUCAGAGAAAGAGAAAAUAAGUGCUUUGAGAGAAGCGGAAUUGUUAAAAAGUCUUGAUCAUCCAAACAUAGUGUAAUACAUGGGAAGCUUUGCAGAUAGUAGUUAGUUGAUAAUUUUAAUGGAAUAUUGCGAAGGUAAAGGAUAUAAUCUUAUACUCUGUUUAGAAGGAGAUUUACAGUAUCACAUUAAAAAAAGAAAGUAAGGUAAAUAAAUCCAAUACUUUCCUGAGAAAAUGAUUUUGAAUUGGUUUAUUCAAUAAUUAUUUGCUCUAUAAUUUAUCCACUCUAAAAAGAUAUUGCAUAGAGACAUUAAAACUAGUAACAUCUUUCUAACCUCGAAUGGAACAGGUAAGGAAUUUCAACCUUAUUCGUAGUAAAACUUGGAGAUUUUGGAGUUUCUAAAGUAUUAGAAAGCACUUUCGACUAAGCAUCAACCGUAGCUGGUACUCCAUAUUAUAUGAGGUAUUGAAGUCUUUCUGAUAAUAGUCCAGAAGUUUGUGAAAAUAAACCAUAUACUUUUAAAUCUGACGUUUGGGCUCUUGGAUGUGUUCUGCAUGAAUUAUGCACUUUCAAACAUGCAUUUGAUGCUAAGAAUAUUUUGAGUUUGGUAACUAAAAUUCUGAAUGGAUAAACUGAAACUCUACCUUCUCAUUAUUCAAAGGAUCUGCAAUAAUUAAUUCAUAGACUUCUUACAAAACAAGUGCAAUCACGUCCCCUUGUUGCUGAAAUUAUCAAUAUGCCCUUCAUUUAAUCUGUUAUGCAAGAUUUUAUUAGGAGUGGAGGCAAAUAGAAUUUCUGCUCAGUUGUUGGAGUUAAAAAAAUUAAAUAACAUGAAAUUUAAGCACAUAAUUUACAUUAAAUCUAAUAACAUCCAGUAAGCCAACUUAAAUAAGAUCAAGAAUCAUAUGAACACUCUAUUAAAGACGAAAUCAAUAAAGAAAAAGAUGAUGAAAUUAUUAAUUAGACUGUAUUAUCUCAAUCAUUAAAUAAACGUAAGACUUUUAAAAAUAAAUAGAGCAGAUUGAUAACGCAAGUAGAUAUACUAUUGGUGAAACUAUUAUGAGUUAAGCUUCACAAUUUUUAGAAUCAGAACCAAAGUAAAUAUCUCCAAAAUCUAUUUUAAAAUUAAAGAAAGAACAAGAAACCUAAUAAAAGAUAGAUAUGUUAUCCAAAGCAGCUUAAAAUAUUAGUCAGCAAAACUAAAAAUAGGCUGAAUUAAGAAAAAUAUAAAAUCUCUAUGGUACUCAAUCACAAUUCUACCAAUAGAAACAAUUAGAAAUAUAAUAGACUACAACACAAUAAUAAUUUUAUUAAAAAUAAUAAUAAGUAGAAUCACCAUAAAAGAAGAGUGCAGUUUAAUAUUAAUAAUAAUAAUAAUAAUAAUAAUAAUAAUAAUAAUAAUAAUAAUAAUAAUAAUAAUAAUAAUAAUAAUAAUAAUAAUAAUAAUAAUAAUAAUAGUAAUUCUCAAAUAUUAAUUUUGAAUAAAGCUUAUAAUCUUCUUCUAAAUUCAAACCUAUUGAUGAAGAAGUUAUGAAGAAAAGCUUAUUAAGUUUAAAGUAAAAAUAAGCUUAAAAGAAGGAAUAAUCUUCAAAAUAAUAAACAAUGGAUCAUCAAAAUGAUGAAUACCCAGAAGAUUUCGAGUAUUAUGAUGAUUUUGAAGAUUAUGAUUCUGAUAAUGAAUUUUAAAAUGAAACUGUCAUCAAUGAAGAAAUUCUAGGUGAUGAGAUGGAUGGAACAAGACUAACUCAAAGGUAAUCUGAUUAAGAUUUAUAAAAUGUGGUCGAAGUUUAUAAAAAUGAAUUAGCCAAAGCUAAAAGUGCUAAUGAAACUUUAGCAGGUAAACCACUAAUUCGAGUAUUAUUUAGAAAUCUAAGAAGAACCUGAAUCUUCUUAUUCCUCUAGCUUUUACAAGACUGAUGAGAAAUUCAAGCCUAAAAUUUCUAUGAUAGAAAACCUAAAAAACAGUAUCUUGUAAUAGAUUCCUUAGGAUUUGUUUAAUAUUGCUUACAAUAGAAUUCUGAGUGCAAUACAAAAUAAACAAAGCUCAUAAGAGGUAACUUCAUAUUAAAUAUAUUCGGUAGAUGUAUAAGGAAUUAAAGUAGAUAUUAGGCAAAAAGUAUUCAGGAGCUGGAUUUUAAAUAGAAUAAUUGAUUUAUUAGGAGCAAUUACAUAAACACUUUCAAAACUGA